CCACAAGGCGGUGGUGAAGACGGUGAACGUGGGGCGGUCCUCCGUGUCGGUGGAGUGGUCCGAGGACGGCGCCACCAAGGGCAAGGAGAUUGACAUUGAUGAUGUGAUAACAAUAAAUCCUGAGUUGUCAGAAGAACUACCUGCUGCAGAUGUGAAAGAGAACCUUCCUUUGCAAGAAAAUGUAACUGUACAGAAACAGAAGCGUAGAACAACCCUUUCAAAAAUUCCUGCUCCGCGGGAAGCUGUUCCUGGCCGUUCCAGGAUGUCUGUUAUCACAGAAUCUCAGUGCAGCCUCCAGGAAAAUGAGAUGAGGGUGGAUCCCCGCACUUCUACACAAACCAAAACCAAUUCAUCAGUUCCUGUUCGGAGAGGAUCUAACAUCGUGAAAGAGAUGGAGAAAAUGAAAAACAAGAGAGAAGAAAAGAGAGCUCAAAUUAGUGAAAUCAGGGCAAAACGUGCACAGGAAUUUGACAGCAGCUGUCCAAACUGGGAGUUUGCACGGAUGAUCAAGGAAUUCAGAGCAACUUUAGACUGCCAGCCAAUAUCUAUAACUGACCCAAUAGAAGAACAUAGGAUUUGUGUCUGUGUGAGGAAGCGCCCUCUCAAUAAACAAGAACUUCUAAAAAAGGAAUGUGAUGUGAUUACUGUUCCGAGCAAGUGUGUCCUGCUGGUGCAUGAGCCAAAGCAGAAAGUGGACCUAACAAAAUACCUUGAAACCCAGGCGUUUAGAUUUGAUUUUUCAUUUGAUGAAUCCUCAUCUAAUGAAAUGGUAUACAGGUUCACUGCUAGACCUCUUGUAGAGACCAUCUUUGAGGGUGGGAAGGCGACAUGCUUUGCAUAUGGCCAGACAGGCAGUGGCAAGACACAUACUAUGGGCGGAGACUUCUCCGGGAGAGCACAGGAUGCCUCAAAGGGCAUAUAUGCUUUUGCAUCACAAGAUGUCUUCCUCCUUCUAAACCAGCCCAGGUACAGGAGUCAGGACCUGGAAGUCUAUGUGACUUUCUUUGAAAUAUACAAUGGAAAGGUGUUUGACCUCUUGAAUAAGAAGGCAAAGCUUCGAGUCCUGGAGGAUGGCAAGCAGCAGGUUCAGGUUGUUGGCCUCCAAGAGAGACAAGUUGGCUGUGCUGAGGAUGUCAUCAGAAUGAUUGAGAUGGGCAGUGCCUGCAGGACAUCUGGGCAGACUUUUGCGAACACUAGCUCUUCGCGGUCACACGCCUGCUUCCAAAUCAUACUACGCCGAAGAGGGAAACAGCUUGGCAAAUUUUCCUUGGUGGAUUUGGCAGGAAAUGAGAGGGGCGCAGACACAUCUAGUGCGGAUCGGCAGACACGAAUGGAAGGUGCAGAAAUCAAUAAGAGCUUGCUGGCUUUGAAGGAAUGUAUCCGAGCUUUAGGGCAGAACAAAUCUCAUACCCCUUUCCGGGAGAGCAAGCUGACGCAGGUGCUAAGAGACUCUUUCAUAGGAACAAACUCAAGGACCUGUAUGAUAGCAAUGAUUUCCCCAGGCAUGAGUUCGUGCGAGUACACCUUAAACACGCUGAGAUACGCUGACAGAGUGAAAGAGCUCAGCCCUCAUAACGGAGGUGGUGAAACACAGAAUCAGAUGGAGACUGAGAAUGGUGAAACGGAGACCAAUGGAGAAGGCUCAGGUCACAAUCUCUCCAAGUAUGAGGAGGAAGAUAUCUCUCCCCACAUGUUCAACUUCCGUGAGGCUAUGACUCAGAUUAGUGAACGGGAGGAGAAGGUUGUAGAACAGCUUAGAGACCUGAGACAGAGAAUGAUGACUGAACUUGACUACCUCCUGGGAAUCACAGAGCAACCAGACUAUGAUCUCGAGACCUUUGUGAGCAGAGCUAAGCACUUUGUAGGAGAGAGCUCAAGAAACUUCCUUAGUGUCAGAGAAACACUGGACGCCCUGGGGGCUGCCAUGCAACUGGAGGAGCAAGCCAGCAAGCAGAUGAGCCGGCAGAGGCCUUAG